UUUAAUAAAACUAUAAAAAAUUAAAGUGAGAACACAAAUAGGUUCAAUAUAUUUUUCUUAUAACUGUAGACGGAAUAGAAAACACAUCCACAAAUAUAUUCGUUUAACCCAGAAAAAAGUCAGCAUAAAAAACAUACACAUACCUAUCUAUAAUAAAAGAGUAGAACAGAGACCUAAAAAUAAUUAAAAUGAAUAUUCCGAAUGAAUAUAUUGCGAAAACUGAAGACGUUGCCGAUCAGAGAAAAUUGUUCGCCGGGAAGGGCAUAGUGGGGCGAAGAUCUCAACUAACAGUUGCCAAAGAAUUGUUUGCUCGCCACGAUAAAAAUCGCAUAACAUGGGCAAAAAUAAUUUCAAUUUUCGCCGUUUGCGGUGGUUUCGCAAUUGAUUGCGUACGUCAGGGUCAUUAUGAUUAUAUACAGUGUCUAGUCGAUGGGGUAGCUGAAAUUGUCGAAGAUGAUUUAAUUAAUUGGUUGGCCGACCGUGACGGUUUGCUGGGUUUACAACAUCACGUACGCUUACGUCCGAAAUUACAUAAGCCGAUUGGUUUUUUAGGUUGGCUUACACUUUUCGCGGCCAUCUCUUCUUGUUUUUAUAUUAUGGCGAGUAUGGCUAGACACAUAGGUUGCCAAUUAUAUUCCUUAUUCUAAUCGAACAUAAUUAUUAUCAUGUGACGAUUUCAUUAUAAUAUGAUAUGUUUAAAUUUUUAGAAUUAAUUAAUGAUUUAGAAGAGAAUUAACACAUUUUAAUUUAUACUUUCCAAAAUAAACAAAUCAUUUAACAAAACUUUCCUAGCAACUCUUCCGAACAUUUCUUAGUAAUCUAAAGAAGACGAACUGCCCGAGUUCUUAAUCUUUUCAGUGAGUCGCGACAUACUUACCUUUUGAAGGAAAAAAGGACGUUUGAGCUGAAAAAUCUCAGUAUCUCGAAAGUAUGUAGCAAGCAAGCAGCGCAUAUAAUACGGCAUGAUGGCAUAAGGCCAAGUCUAUAGUAGCAUGCCUAUCAAAUCACAUAUAUGUAUACACAUUUUGGGGUCUCUGAAGCUUACUUUUGGGCAUUGCAAACUUUUCCACAAUGAAUAUAUCUCUUGUCCUAACGGUGAUCGGUGUAAAAAAUGUACCCUCUACCUGCACCAUUUCCACACUAUUAAUUGCCUUAAUUUUUUGUUAAGCUUUCCGCACACUCAGACGUGAACUAAAUACGAUACGAUAGAAUUGAAGUUCGAAGACCUAAUGUUACCGCCACAGAAAACGAAAGCCACG